AUGACAAGGAACCACGAAACGGGUACGGCAUAUUCUACCACGAUUCGGACGACCGUCUCCAGUUCAUGCACCGAAGUUGGGGCACUGCGAGAUCGCCAGCAUUUUAUUUACCUCAGCGUAAGGCUUUUCGUUACCUUCCUUUCGCCGUCUCUUCCAAAGCUAAAGGACAACCGAACCACGACAGUUCCCGACACGAUGCUCCCGACCGAUGAUCAACAAGGGAAAUCCUCCAUCUCGGCCUUUGCCGUUGCGAAGCGGCCGCCAGAAAAGAUUUCGACAAGCACCCAGAGGGGCACCUCCGCUCUACUGAAUCCCACUGAGACCACUAUUAAUCUACAAGUGGUGGCAUGGUCUGGGACGGUGGCAACCCCGGAGCCAACGGCACUGGUUGAUGCUAAUCUGCCCCCAAACAGCGUGGAUGUCGGGGUCGCUUACAUCAACCGAAACCGGCAGUUUGAGCUCCUGUUUAUGUCGACCAAUACUGGAUACAGUAAUUGGAACACGGUCGACACAGCGGAAGUCAACAAGUUGGCGCCACCGGAUCUCUUUACUGAUAUUGCCUGUCUCACCUUGGCAAGCGGCGCUGAUGGGGAUGAUGGGGAAGAGUGGUUGCUGCCACGGGAACAGGAUGAGGAGGGGACCAUCGCUACGUGCUUUUACCAGAGCGGCUCCAAGGUGGUGAAGGUGAGAUGGAUUGGGGAACUGUGGGACACCAAGUGGGAUGUCGAGUGGUUACCUAUUCCGACGGGGGAUUCUGGGUGA